AAACAAGAGGAGAGAGAGGGAGAGACACAUUCGUGGUGUUUGGUUCUGCUGCUGUCUUUUUUUUUCAAAAUGCUCUCGAAAUCUCUAAAAGACGAAGCGAUUGUGUGUCUCUCUCUCCGUGAUUCCUUGAUCUUCACCGAUAAUCCAUGGAUCGUCGACAGCUCCGGCGAGUGUAUCUCUAUCUCUCUAUCUCCUCUUUCUUUCGAAAUCUUGUUGUUUAUUUCAAUCAUCUUUCAAUUCAGCUUUCAUAUUAGAGCACAUCUAGCUUGUUGAUCUUGUUUAGGUUAUUCGUAUCAAUGGACCUUGCUGUUUAGUUCUGUAUGCAAAUUACUUGAAGAAUGGAAGAGUCAUGCACUGAACAAGGGAACGAUGUUCAGUUUUUGGUUAUUCAUGUGUGCAUAAUUUUAUGAUGGUCCAUUUAUACAAAUAUUUUUGCAGGUUUGCAAUGAAAUUGUAAAGGAGAAUGUUUAUAAUGGUUUGAGUAAUUGAGAUUUUUUUUUUGGACAAAAUUGAGAUUGUUUAGAAUCCAUUUUGUUUCCAACAUAUUACGAUGGAGUUGAAUGUGUAAGAAGCCAUGGAAGGCACUGCGAAGGUUAAGAACACAAGAGAAUUAUAGUUUAUAGGAGCGUCACGUAUAGACUAACACGCCGCUCAAGGCAAUCUUCAGUGUUUGAAUCUGGGAGGGUGUGUUAGUAUCACUGAUGAUGACUUGAUGCAAGUUCUUGCAAGCAAUCCACGUCUCACAAAGCUGAGUGUAUCAGGUUGUCAUAGACUAAGCACAGUAGGAUUAUUGUCCAUUUUAAGGGACUUGAGAUCUUCAAACCAAUUUGGAGUCAAAAUCCUCAUCACUGGUGGGGCGUUAUAUUUCACAAAGGAGCAAUUUAAGGAACUGAACUUACUACUUGGAGUUGAUGCUAAAGCGGGUCCAAACAGUUACAAGAGUUGCUUUGAAGUGAAAAACGCAUGACUUUACGUUGGAAGAAAGGUUAUGGAAAGCAUCAAACAAAGUCGAUGAGGAGAGCUGCGUUAGGAGGACGAAGGAAACAUAACA